GCCGAGGGGCGGGGCCCCGUGAUGCCUGCGCUUGCGCCCGCGCCCGUGCUCGGGGAUGGGCUGGCGCCGGCUCCGGCUCGUCGGGCUGGCGCUGUGGGCGACGGGCCAUGGUGGAUGGGAUUGAGCCCGGGUGGGCCCGGGCGCCCGGUUGGAGAGGGUGACAGGUAGUGGCGGCGGCGGAGCUCGGUUUGGCAGAGUGGAGAGUCGGCAGGUGGCAGGAGUCAUGCGUGGCCAGCGGAGCCUGCUGCUGGGUCCUGCCCGCCUCUGCCUGCGCCUGCUGCUGCUGCUGGGCUCUCGGCGCCGCUGCCCGCCCCUGCUGCGCGGCCUGGUGCAGCGCUGGCGCUACGGCAAGGUCUGCCUGCGCUCCCUGCUCUACAACUCCUUCGGGGGCACGGACGCCGCCGUCGAUGCUGCCUUCGAGCCUAUCUAUUGGCUGGUAGACAACGUGAUCCGCUGGUGUGGGGUGGUGUUCGUGGUGCUCGUGGUGGUGUUGACCAGUUCCAUCGUGGCCAUCGCCUACCUGUGUGUGCUGCCCCUCAUCAUCCAGACCUACUCCGUGCCGCGGCUCUGCUGGCAUUUCUUCUACAGCCACUGGAAUUUGAUCCUCAUCGUCUUCCACUACUACCAGGCCAUCACCACUCCACCUGGAUACCCGCCCCAGGGCAGGAAUGACCUUGCCACUGUCUCCAUCUGUAAGAAGUGCAUUUACCCCAAACCGGCCCGGACUCACCACUGCAGCAUCUGCAACAGGUGUGUGCUGAAGAUGGAUCAUCACUGCCCCUGGCUAAACAACUGUGUGGGCCACUAUAACCACCGGUACUUCUUCUCUUUCUGCUUCUUCAUGACUCUGGGCUGUGUGUACUGCAGCUACAGCAGUUGGGACCUUUUCCGGGAGGCUUAUGCUGCCAUCGAGAAAAUGAAACAGCUCGACAAGAACAAACUGCAGGCGGUUGCCAACCAGACCUAUCAGCAGACCCCACCACCCACCUUCUCCUUCCGAGAAAGGGUGACUCACAAGAGUCUUGUCUACCUCUGGUUCCUGUGCAGUUCUGUAGCACUUGCCCUGGGCGCCCUGACUGUGUGGCAUGCUGUUCUCAUCAGUCGAGGUGAGACCAGCAUCGAGAGGCACAUCAACAGUAAGGAGCGACGGCGGCUGAAUGCCAAGGGCAGAGUCUUUAAGAAUCAUUACAACUACGGCUGCUUGGACAACUGGAAGAUAUUCCUGGGUGUGGACACAGGAAGGCACUGGCUUACUCGGGUGCUUCUGCCUUCCAGUCACCUGCCCCAUGGGAAUGGACUGAGCUGGGACCCACCUCCCUGGGUGGCUGCUCACUCAGCGUCUGUGAUGGCUGUGUGAGCUGGAAGCAUUCCCGCUUCCUGCAUGGUCUCAAGAACCCCUGGGGGUCUUUGGAACCCUUGAGAAAGAACAGUGGGCUUGCCACCAGCUACUCUGCAGGGAAACCCGAGGACUGACAACUCUUUACUCAGGCAAACGGAAGCUCCAGCCCUCCUGGAGAUCAGGCAGCUAGCGAUGUGCUGGGUGUUGAGCCCGAGCCCGUCUGGCUACAUGUCUGGAGUUGGCCACCUUCUCUCCUGCUUGUGUCUAAGAAAACUGCGUGCUGGAGCCAAGACCAUCCUGGCUUCUCAACAGGGCAAAGACAUUAGGCCUCCUGCCAAGGUCACUGCCACUUGUCAUAUGCCGCUGAAUGGAGUGAAAAUAAAGGUUUCGGGCUUUUUAAA